AUGGCCUCUCAAAGACCUGAAGUACCUCAGCAGCCGGAGGAGGAGAAAGAAAAACAGAGACGUCUCCUUGAGCUCUGCUUGCAACAGGUGGGAUUCUUCAGGGGAAAGAAGAUCCCAGUCUACACUGCUGGAGAGCUCGAGUACGAGAAAUCGGUGGCAAACUCGAACCUCUUCUACCGCUUUGAAAGACCUGGUUGUGUGAUUCAACCUGAGCAUGAAUCCCAUGUUCGCAUCAUCGUUCAACGGGCUAAGGCGGUAGGCUUACCUCUUCGAAUCAAGAAUGGAGGCCACUCAUACGCCGGGUUCUCUGCUAUCAACAAUGGCAUCUCCAUUGACCUGAUUAAUAUGAAACGAGUCGACUUCGACAAGGAGAAUAUGACCAUCACUAUGGAUGCGGGCGCACUAUGGGCUCAUGCAUAUCACGAACUGAUCAACGACCAUCAAGAUAAACUGAUUAUCAAUGGAGGCCGUUGCCCUAGUGUCGGCGUCAGUGGUUUCACCCUGGGUGGAGGUCUCGGGCCCUUUACUCGAAGCUUCGGUUUGGGAAGUGACACGCUUCUUGAGGCUCGCAUUGUCACUGCAGACCGUGGAGCCAUAAAGGUCAGCUCCAAAGACAAAGAAAAAGAAAAGAAAGACCUCUUCUGGGCUCUUUGUGGUGCUGGUGGCAAUAACUUUGGGGUAGUUACCCAGCUCAAGAUGAAGGUUCAAGAGCUCCACCAUGACUUUGUGGUUGCUGGGGUUUAUAACUGGGCACCAUCUCAUGAACCCAAGCACCAGGAGGCUUUUAAAGAAGCUAUGAUAAAGUUCUACACUGCUAAUUGGAGCACCAACAUGACCAUCGACAGCAGCUGGCUGCUGGACCUCAAGGAUUCCCGCGAAGAUCCGUCUGUUAAGUUUUUGGUCUACUAUAAUGGACUGGAGACAGACUUUGACAAAGAGGUCGAUGAGCGUCUCGGAGAUUGCGGCAAGGGUGAUGUGACGGACAAAUCACUGGCAAAACAACUCAAGGAUCGAACUUUACCGGAGGUUUCGACCUUGUUUCUUCACGAGACCCUUGUAGCUCAGUGGUCCGAGGAAACUCAGAAAGCGUUGCCUUUAAACGCGAUGUUCAGGAUCUUCACCUCCUUCUCUUUCACAAAGGCCAGCGUCGAGAAGAAUAUUCCUGAUAUAAUCGACACUCUGAAAAGGGGAAUGGUGGAUUUCAAAAAUGAGUUCAAAGGAGAAGAGGGCUCAAUCAAAGUCACUUGGAUUCAUUCCGGUGGUAAAGCCAGUGAAACGGCGCCCCGGGACUCUGCAUAUCCUUGGCGUGGAUGUGACUAUCACACAUACAUCAUGAUUGAGUGGAAGGACAAGUGGCUGGAGAAGAGGAUGAAAGGCAUCCUGGCGGAUUUCAAUAAGGCUCUGAGAAAGUACUCUAUGGACGGGCUCGGUGUGUAUAUCAACUUCCCAGAUGCGACACUCGACGCGAAUACGUACGAGAAGGCAUACUAUGGUGUCAAUCGAGAGAGACUGCAACAUAUCAAGACAUACUGGGAUAAGGGUAACAUCUUCCAGUGGCCCCAUGGAGUUCAGGUCUUGCCCCACGUUGACUCUGAGGGCACGGCGAUGGAAUUUGUAGCUCCGCCUCCUCCCCCCAGCAAGAAACCGAUUGUCGAAGGGUUUGCCAAUGCAGGAGAUGCUACGGUUGUCAAUGCAUGCCAAUCUUGGGGUACCGUUAACCUCAACAUCGGCAACCCUAUCGUUAGCCUAGCUAGCUAA